AUGUCUGAGGCAAACCCGAGCGGGUCUCAGCUAUCUAAAACGUUAACCCACACGUUUCUGUCAACAACUGUUUCAACGCUGAGUACUACGGUUGUAUGUACAACUGGAGACCCUCAAGAGAACCGUCUGAUCCCUGCCCUAGUGGCUUUCGUCUGUAUCACUGUCUUACUUUUAAUCAUCAUUAUUAUUUUGGUCGUCAAGUGGCGGUCAGAUAAAAAACGAAUUCCCACGUCUAUCCGUUCACAAGAAAGUUCGGGGUCUCGGACAGAUUAUAAUCACGACUAUGUUGAGCCUAAUAAUCUCAUCCAAGGGAGAACCGCAGGUGCUGUGGGGAGGUCGUCUUUGAUUCGAGAAAAUAAGUUUUGCGAAAACUGCCGCAGAAUCAUUUCAGAAAACGGAAAACCAGGCAUCGACAACGAGGCUCACGAUUACAUUUAUUUACAAGAUAACACAUUCCAUCAAACCUUACCAGACGCCGGUAUGAAAAUAAGCUCACCUGAACGGAUACCGGAAAUUAUUUACAGCGAUUCCAAAGAGCCUAAUACAGCAUCAAGUAACAGUAAUAAGGAUCCCCCGAUCUACCACGUGAUCGACACUGCAGCAGCGAAUGAUCCUAAAGCUAAGCCGGAUGAGAGAACCGGUGAUCCUGAUCCAAGCUCGACAAAUCUGUACCAUGUCGUAGAGCUAGGCUAUGUAGCCGAAAAAGCUAAUUCAUAA